UCCGACAAACACCGAUCAGUCGAUUGAAGACGCGUGUACGCUUAAGUACUUUAGAAGCAUAUUUAUCGUUAGUAAGAUUUCAUUUCCACAAUAAUAAACAAAGUCGUAGGUAAAAUGGCAUCGGUUGAGCAAAACGGUAGAAAAAAUGAUACAACUGUACAAAAAGGGAAUAGUUUCGAUAGUGCAACCACGAAAGCUGAAAAUGUUAAAAACACUACAGCGAAAUAUGUGAAAAAAUUAAACGGACCAAUUAUUCCACGUGAUGUGCCUAUACCUACGGAAUUCAAAACAUCCGAUAACAUACUCGAUCCGUUUUGUGAUCCUGCGAAGCCUCAAAAAAUAUCCUUUCACGACGUAACUUCCGCAGCAUUUCUGAUCAAAGGUGGUGUUGAGAGAACGCCAUGUCCGCGCUCUACGUUAUCCGAUUCAUAUCGCAUGGAUUUAUAUUUUAAAAAGGACUUUCUACAAGUCACUGGCAGUUUCAAAGAACGCGGUGCUCGUUAUGCCCUACUCUCCCUCACCGAUGAACAGAAGAAGACUGGCGUUAUAUCAGCCUCGCUGGGAAAUCAUGCACAGGCACUCAGUUACCAUGGCUGGAAGUUAAAUAUACCCGUUACAGUGGUGAUGCCGAAAGCAGCACCUAUGAUGAAAAUUCAAAAAUGUCGCAAUUACAAAGCGAAUGUUGUUGUUGAGGGCAAAGACAUGGCCGAAGCUAAAGCGCUUGCAAUGAAAAUGGCACAGGAUAACGGUCUGCUCUAUAUCAAUGGUUACGACCAUCCAUACAUUAUGGCCGGACAGGGCACAAUCGGCUUGGAGAUACUGGAGCAGGUGCCCAAUCCGGACGCUGUGAUUAUACCGGUUGGUGGCGGUGGACUUAUAGCCGGUAUUGCAACGGCAAUUAAAGCCUUAUCGCCUACUACUAAAGUUAUUGGUGUUGAGUCAGAGAAAUGUCCGAGCUUUUCGAAUGCGAUCGAAAACAAUGGCCCUAUAUAUACACCUAUUGAAAAUACUUUAGCAGACGGUUUGGCGGUGCCUAAGGUGGGCUAUAAUGCCUACGUAACGGCGGUACCUCUCAUUGAUAAAAUGGUAGUGGUGAAGGAGGAAUGGAUUGCUCUAGCCAUUUUACGUUUGGUGGAAGAAGAGAAAUGUGUGGUGGAAGGUGCCGGCGCUUCUGGAUUGGCAGCUAUAUUGGCGGGACACUUGAAAGAACUGCAUGGCAAAAAAGUCGUGAUACUCCUGUGCGGUGGCAAUAUAGACACAACAGUAUUUGGACGAUGUUUGGAGCGUGGUCUCGCUGCUGAGGGACGUUUAGUUAAAUUCCAUGCAGAAGUUAGUGAUCGGCCUGGUGGUAUUUACGAACUCUGCGAUAUACUCUCACAAUUAGGUGUCUCCAUCAAGGAUAUAAUGCAUGAACGGGCUUGGCUCAAAGACAUCUACACAGUGGAGGUGAAAGUAGUUUGUGAGACCCGUGACUGGGCUCAUAGCAUGGAAUUGAAAAAUGAGUUGAAAAAACGCUACGCAAAUGUGGAAUUCAGUGAGGAGCCUUUGGCCUUAAAUUAUAGCUUAGCUAAUUAACGGCUCAAAUUGAAGCUUGAAUUGUGAUUUAUUUACUUAGUUUUUUAAUAUAAGUAUAUAAAUAGAAAUAGUCAAUAAUUGAGCAUUGAUGUAGGUGUGAAGAAAAAGAAAAUAAUCGGUCAAAUAUUUCUAAACUUUAUACAUCAUAACUUGAAUAGUUAUUUGAGAUUUUCUCUUAUUGAAAAAAAAAAUAAUAAAAUAAAUAUUCUUUCGAAUGGUGCUAACAAGA